GCAGUGUGCGGGGGCGGCCUGUGCUGGCGGAGCCGCGGCGACCAAGGGGCGCGGAGGGCGGGAGGUAGCGGCGCAGGCCGGGCUGGGUCGCGGUGCAACGCGGGGCGGCGCAGCUAGGGGGCAGCGCGGGGCAGAGCAGACAGGAGGACCCAGGGCCAGCCCGAGCCAGGGACGGGGACGCGCCGCUCAAGGGGUCGUCGUCGGGUUCUUCGAGGGCAGGCGAGGCAGGGAGCGCGAGCUAGGGGCGCUGCGGGCCGGGCCGGACCGAACCGGGCUUUAAUCUCCCCCGCACUCAGCCGACACCGACCCCGCGGUCGGGGGCUUUAAUCGUCGCGGGAGGAGCCGCCGCUGCCGUCGCCGCCCGAGAUCAUGUCUGCUGCAAAUCCUGAGACUCCAAACUCAACCAUUUCAAGAGAAGCCAGUACCCAAUCAUCAGCAGCCACAGCCGGCCAGGGAUAUGUUUUACCAGAAGGCAAAAUCAUGCCAAAUACAGUGUUUGUUGGUGGAAUUGAUGUUAGGAUGGAUGAAACAGAAAUUAGAAGCUUCUUUGCUAGAUAUGGUUCAGUGAAAGAAGUGAAGAUAAUCACUGAUCGAACUGGUGUGUCCAAAGGCUAUGGAUUUGUUUCGUUUUAUAAUGAUGUGGAUGUGCAGAAAAUAGUAGAAUCACAGAUAAAUUUCCAUGGUAAAAAGUUGAAACUGGGACCGGCAAUCAGGAAACAAAAUUUAUGUGCCUAUCAUGUGCAGCCACGUCCUUUGGUUUUUAACCCUCCACCAGCACCGCAGUUUCAUAGUGUCUGGAGCAAUCCAAACACAGAGACAUAUAUGCAGCCUCCAGCUAUGAUGAACCCCAUCACUCAGUAUGUCCAGGCAUAUCCUCCUUACCCCAACUCACCAGUCCAACUCAUCACUGGAUAUCAGCUGCCUAUAUAUAACUAUCAGGUACCUCCACAGUGGCCUGCUGGGGAACAAAGGAGUUAUGUUAUACCUCCGGCUUAUACAGCUAUGAAUUAUCACUGCAGUGAAGUGGACCCAGGAGCUGAAGUCCUGCAGACGGAGUGCUCCGUCCAUGAGGUCACACAGUCCUCUGGGAAUGGCCAACAAAAGAAAUCUGUGGACCGAAGCAUACAGACAGUGGUAUCCUGUUUGUUCAAUCCAGAGACAAGACUGAGAAAUGCUCUUGUCACACAAGAUGACUACUUCAAGGACAAAAGAGUACAUCACUUUAGAAGAAGUAGGGCUGUGCUUAAAUCCGUUUGAAUCCUCUCUGCUGAAGCUUCCAGUGUUGUGGACAAUAGUUACUGUUUUUGAGUAUUACGAAGAUACAGAGAGUUCCUGUUUUCCACUAUUAUGGAAAGUUAAUUCUGAAUUUUUUGACAACUUAUUGCAAGAUUUUCUGUGCAAGUUGUGUUAAUUUUCUUAGUAUGUUGUGUUUAUUUUGCAUUGAAACUAUUCUACUUUGGAUGUUCACUUAGUAAUUGGUUCUAUGUUGAGUUCGCAGUUGAAGUGGACAGGGGUGUAACUUAAGGGUUUACAUGUUAGUGCUUCAACUGGUACUGAAAUGUUUUUGAGACGUUAAAGGCAAAUGUUGGUUUUCAAAAUUUUGCUUUAUACAAACUUAGUGUUUUGAAAGGUCAGAAUUUUGACAGUUUGACUGUUCUUAGCAUUUAAUCUCCAAGAUAUACCUCUUCAGCAGUACUAUAUUUACAAUACAAUGCUUUGUGUUUGUAAUUUAAUUCUAGAUAUUUGCCACAGAAGCAGACUUUUUAAAACUGCAUUUUUAAUCAGUGGAACCAAAUAUAUAAAGUUGUAGCUUAAUUGAAGACCUCCAAUUCUAAACCCAGUAUUAUAUAGCAGAUUCUCUACAGACAAUCCAAUCAUUGGGUGUUAGGUAUAUUAGUUCAAUUUUGCUUACAAAGUACCCAGAGUCCAACAAUAGAUAAUUGAUUGGGAUUGCAAUUAGGGUAAUUCAAAUUCUGGAUGUAAUUUUAAAAACUAAUGCUAACCAAACCUUACUAGAUACAUAAGCUUCUCGGUGGGUUACUUUUCUUUUUCUUCCUUUUUUUCCUUUCCUUUUUUUGUGUUUUUUACUGCUAAGACUUACUUCAAUAGCUAUAUCUAAAUUGUGCAAAAUAUUGGCAUUAAAAAGGAUGCUGAAGCUUUUUUUUAUGUCACUUAAAGGUUAAUCAGAGUAUCUGAAAGGAAUUGCUUUUAUAAAAAAAACAAAUUUUAGUUAUUUGUCAUGUAACAAAUAAAUUUUAUUUUUGUUUGUUAACC